GCGAGGAUGGUGCUGGAGAGCGUGGCCCGUAUCGUGAAGGUGCAGCUCCCCGCCUAUCUAAAGCGGCUCCCUGUCCCCGAGAGCCUUACCGGGUUCGCCCGUCUCACAGUUUCAGAAUGGCUUCGGUUAUUGCCUUUCCUUGGUGUACUUGCACUACUUGGCUACCUUGCAGUUCGUCCAUUCCUCCCGAAGAAGAAACAACAGAAGGAUAGCUUGAUUAAUCUUAAAAUACAAAAGGAAAAUCCCAAAGUGGUGAAUGAAAUAAACAUUGAAGAUUUGUGUCUCACUAAAGCAGCUUAUUGUAGGUGUUGGCGUUCUAAGACGUUUCCUGCCUGUGAUGGUUCACAUAAUAAACACAAUGAGUUAACAGGAGAUAAUGUGGGUCCACUAAUACUGAAGAAGAAAGAAGUAUAAUAGUAAUGAAUUAGGAUUGAGUUCAGUUGUGUGCUGUAAAAUCUCCUAAUAAUAUUUUUUCAUUCUUUGUGUAUAGAAGAUCUUUCAAAUGGUGGUCUUAAUUAUUGCUAUUGGUUGAGUAAUUAUUUCUGCCAAUUUAUUUUCUUGCUACACUACUGUUUAUAUUUGAUACUUUGUAUAUUCAAACAAUCAUUUAUAUAGAAAUUAAAUUGUACAACCCUUUCAUUCUUACUUCAAAGACUUAAUGUUAUUUUCCUAAAUAAAUCAACACUCUUGGUUUUAAUUGAGAAAAAUCUAAGUUUUUGGCAGUGUGUUCAAAGCUAUUCCUUUGAAUAUCAAUAUUUUCAAUAGAAUCUACACUUAGAAAUUUUCUCUGUGCACUAUUAAAUAUAUUGUUUUCCAGUC